UUUAAAGUGUUUUUUUCCUAAAUAAAAUUUACUUAAAUUAAAAGUUAAAUAUCAUAUUUCAAUGUGAAAUUGAGCUAACUAAAUACAAAGAUAUUUUCUCAUAACUUCUUCUUAUACCCAUCUUUACCAAGGGUGCCAGUAAUUCUGAAGCAGACUGUAUAUACCAUACCAUAGAUGUAAGUAGGAAUUUUUCUUCAGUCCUUUAAUAAACUUUUCUUCCAGUAUCAGUGUUAAAAAAAAGCAGAGUGAAUCAGAUUUUGGACAAAUAUUUUUUCAUUUAAUAAAUAGCACAGAACCAGCAACAGAAUUAUGGCAUUUUUGCUCCCUCUGAUCUGAAUAUCCUCAGAGUUACACCUACAGAAUCCCAUAUGUUUUGUUGGUUGGGACUUGAUAGGACGAGCUCAUUGCCAUUCGUCUCCAGCCAGGAUGUUUGACGUUUCCUGCAAAUGUGGCAUAAAUGUGUAUAUAGUUAUAUCCAGUCACGCUGGUAAUGAGGGUCAAAGUAAUAACACUCUAUCUACUCUGUCAGCCUAGUAUAGUAAAGUGGGGCUAUUUAUAUAUGCCAGUACAGAGGUUGCUAGUGUGUUACUCCUUGGUCUUUUAGUAAAGCAGUUAUACGGCAACAUACAUCUGCAAAGAUGGAAGAAGAGAAAGUGGAGCUUAGAGAGAUAAACAGGUCCUCAGAAGACAAGUUCAGAAAGUCAGCUAAACCAGCCAACAGGUUUGAGAGAAUAAUCCAGCCAUGCAUUGCUGAGCUUGUGGGGACUAUGUUUUUUGUCUUCAUUGGUUGUGUAUCAGUGAUUGAAAAUGUUGAGGCAGCGGGUCGUCUGCAGCCAGCGCUGGUGCAUGGGUUGGCAGUGGCUGUACUAGUGGCAUGUAUGGCAGAGAUCAGUGGAUCUCAUUUCAACCCACCAUUUACUCUGGCUAUUUUCUUAUGUGGAGGAAUGCAGUUAGCAAUGGUUAUCCCGUAUCUUAUCAGCCAGCUUGUUGGAGGAUUGCUUGGUGCUGCCAUGUCAAAGCUCAUGACAUCAAAGGAAAACUACAUAAAUGCCACUGGUGCAGCUUUUACCAUUCUACAUUCAGAUGAACAAGUACCUGGUGCUAUCUUUGCCGAGAUGGCAAUGACCUGUCUGGUGACUAUGGUGGUGCUGCUGGGGGCAGUAAAUGGGAAAAGCAAGAGUCCCAUGGUACCAUUCUUGGUGGGCUGCACUGUGAUUGUCAACAUCCUGGCAGGAGGUGAUGUAUCUGGCACCUGUUUGAACCCUGCAAGAGCUUUGGGACCUGCACUGGUAGCCGGUUACUGGGAUUAUCACUGGGUAUACUGGGUUGGUCCUAUUGGAGGAGGUUUAAUAGCUGCAGCCCUUGUAAGGCUGCUGCUUGGCGAUGAGAAGAUUCGAGUUAUAAUGAAAUGAUGCCACUAUCACAGGAACACAAGACUGUUUGUUCAACAUUCACCAGUGCUGAUGUCUUAGAGUGCUGAAGUGGUCAUAUGGCCAGCUGAAUUUAUAUAUUCCCAAGUGUAUUUUUUUUAUUAAUAAUAAUAAUAAUAAUAAUAAUAAUAUAACUUUGCAAAGAACAAUACAGAAGAAAUUAAACAGAAGAAAAUGUACAGUGUUGUUUAACUCUUAGUUAACUCUUCCAGUGAUAAUUAUAAGGAUAUUACUGAAGAAAUUCUUAAAAUUUUGCAUGAUGAAUUUUCUACUGAAAUAAAUCAAUUUUUAUAACAGCACAGGACGAUUUUUUUUUUGAACAAACAAAUUCAAAGGAACUUAUAUAAGUAACUAUAUUUUUACAGACCUUUUUGUAAAAUCCUUUCUAAAUUUAACAUCACCCAAAGACUAGAUUUUUUUAUUAAUAAAUUAAUAAAUUUUUUAAUUUAUGAAUUGA